CAGCGAUCAACCCCAGGACGACCCACUGUGGUCUUGGCCCCACACACCCCCUGCCUGCGGAAAGAGUCUGUGCUCCAGCUGGGAGUGGGCCCCCCCGCAUUGGCGACAGCUUGUCAACGAAGGGCGGACCAUUCUGCCCGGCUUCACCGCUAAAAUUUCCAGUCGACCCGACCUUAUCUCAACGUUCACAUCGAUAUCGUCGCUGUUUGCGCCAGCCACUUGAUAUAUUGAGCGUUUUGAGGGUCGUCAUCACCUUAAGACGUCAAGAUGGGUUCGAGUAUGAGAAAGAAAAGGGAGAAGAAGAGGGACUUCAAUAAAGCCAAGUUGAAAGUGGGAAGGGAAAAGGCGAAGGCGGCCAAUUUCACAGACACCAGCUUCAAAUCAAAAUCGAUUCACAUCAAUCAAGGAGCCCUCACAUCGGACGGCAUAGACUCGGCCGAACAAUUCAAGCAGAAUCUAUCAUUGUGUAUCUCGGCGAAGUCUGAUACCCAACGGCGCGAAGCCGUCGCCUACAUUACCAACCAAAUAUCAUCAACCCCGCCAAACAAUCCAGUUGGGACGUCAGGAGUCCUGAGCAAGCUGCUUCCGCUGUUAUCAGAUGCGUCAACGUCGGUACGCGCCCAGCUUCUGAAGCUGUUUCGAGCAUUGCCGCCAUCAGAGGUUGGGGCGCAUGUGGAGAAGAUUCUCAUGUACAUCCGCGGGGGCAUGACCCAUCUUUCACCAGAUAUUCGCACAGACACGCUCGACGUCCUGGAUUGGCUUCUCGGUGUGGCAGGGGAUGAAGUGGUUUCUUGUUCAGGAGGCUGGUUGAAAACAAUCAACAGCUUCAGCUCCAUGCUCGGGUGGAAUCCCAGUGUUGGCUCAGCCAUGACCAGCAAAGGCUGGACGACGGCAUCCAAGGCCACUCUGGGUACUAAGAAGGGCCCUGAAGCUCAGGCGAGACAAAUCCAAGCUCUCGCCAGGUUUCUCGAAGUCGGCUUCAAGCCUGAAGCUCCGAUUCCUGUCCAAUCUGCGGCUUACUGGGACAACAUAUAUCGUCUGCCAACCACACCAAAUCCCUUUGCAUAUCUCAACCUUUUCGGGAUACCACGAGACGAGGAAAACGAAAUGUACCUCGAUCGUGGGUCGCGGCAGCGUGUUUUCGAUGCCAGAUGGAGAACCACCAUCGCGACUGGUAUGGAGGGUGCCAGGAAGGAGGGGGGAACGGUUGGGAGGGCUGCAGCUGCGCUGGGGAGAGCCUUGAAUGGCGGGUUUGAUGGUCCUCAAUCUGGAUCUGAAAAUUAGCAUUUUGUGGAGUUUGUUCUUUGAUGUUUUCGGAUUCCUUCUGACUUACGGAGUACGGCAUGGGAUCUAAGCGGCGACCCUGCUUUUUUUUUGUUUGCUUGGGCUUUCGCUGCUAAGUCACUUUAUAUCAGGGCUGUUGUUUCUUCUGGCAUUUCAACCAGAUGCGUGUCUGCUUUCUUUCUACCUCACCUCCUGCCUCUUUAUCGCUGCAGGCUGCGGCUGGCCGGUCCUCUGCUUUCCCGUGCCAUAGAACAGGUUAUGUGCCUUCCUUGGGGCAUGGAGGGCAGCGGGUUCUGUUGACUGGGAACUGUACAGUUUGGAUGAACAAUGCAGUUAGUGGUGUGACAAGCAUUCGUUUCGAUGCCAGACAACCCGCGAGCCAUGUUCUGAGGUGCUGCCUGUCGUUAUGAACCAAAACAUGUUUGCAGCAACAUAGGAAACAUACCUAGAGCUCCAUCGCAACGCA